AUGAAGAAAUUAACAUCUUCCACAACCAUUGGCAAGAGGAGGAAAAUCACUUCAAGUAAUCAAGUGGCCAUGAAGAAAUUAACAUCUUCCACAACCAUUGGCAAGAAGAGGAAAAUCACUUCAAAUAAUCAAGUUAUAUACACGAUUGAAUUUCAAAAGCGUGGUCUUCCACAUGCACAUAUCUUGCUAUUUUUAGCCAACAUUGAACGAAGUAACCCCAUCCAAUUCAUGGAUACCGUUAUUUCAGCAGAGAUUCCAAACAAAACGGUUGAUCAACAAUACUUUAACGCAGUGGAAGAAUUCAUGUUGCAUGGACCAUGUGGACAUGUUAGGAGGCAGUCACCUUGCAUGGUUAAUGGGAAGUGUUCGAAGCACUUCCCAAAGAAAUUUAGUGAUUCUUCAAGUUUUGAUCCAGAUGGGUAUCCAAUCUAUAGGCGUCGUGAUGAUGGCAUGACAAUUAACAAAAAUGGAAUUCACUUGGAUAAUAGAUAUGUGAUACCACAUAAUAGGGACUUACUUCUGAAAUAUAGGGCACACUUAAAUGUUGAGUGGUGUAAUCAAUCAAGAUCUAUCAAAUAUUUAUUCAAGUAUGUGAAUAAAGGGAAUGACCGAGUAACAGCCGAAUUUUAUAAAAGUACGAUUGACAAUUGUGGUAAGGAAGUUAUAGAUGAGAUAAAUAUGUACUAUGAUUGUCGAUACGUAUCUUCAUGUGAGGCUACAUGGCGACUCUUUAGCUUUGAUGUGCAAUUUAGAACACCUGCAGUUGAGAGAUUAAGUUUUCAUUUACCAGAUUGUGAAUCAAUUGUUUUUGUCGACGAUGAUGCUGUUGAAGAUGUAAUCCGUAGGCAUACUAUUGGCCAAAGUAUGUUCAAUGGAUGGUUUGAAGCUAACAAAAAAUAUGUUGAAGCAAGGUUGUUAACAUACAUUGAGAUGCCCAAUAAGUUUGUUUGGAAAAAGGACAUACGGGAGUGGCACCCAAGGAAAGAAGGAUUUUCAAUUGGUCGUAUCUUUUACGUCCCACCGGGCACUGGCGAAUUAUAUUAUUUGAGAUGUCUUCUUAAUAUAGUUCGUGGACCUACGAGUUUUAAAGACACCCGCUCAUUUAAUGGGAUAGAGUAUAUCACUUUUAGGGAUGCAUGUUAUGCACGAGGAUUGUUAGAUGAUGACAAAGGAUACAUUGAUGCCAUAAAGGAGGCCAGCCAAUGGUCAUCUGCGCAUCACAUGAGAAAGCUUUUUGUGACAUUGCUGAUGUUUAAUUCCUUGAAUAGACCUGAAAAUGUGUGGAAUGAGGUGUGGGUGUACCUUUCUGAAGACGCGCAGUUCACUACCCGUCGAGUACUUUUUCAACCAGAUCUUAUAUUGACAGAUGAUGCGAAGAAAAAUUUUGGUCUUCUUGAGAUUGAAAAGUUGUUGCAAAUACAUAACAAGUCUCUAAAGGACUUUCCGCCGAUGCCAAUUCCUGUUUUAGAUAAUUCGCAAUUAACUGUUAACCGUUUGUUGUUUGAGGAGUUAUCUUAUAAUCGGGAAGAACUUACAAAUGAGGCAUAUAACUUGACAAUGAAAUUUACUGAUGAACAAAGGCCUGUUUAUGAAACAAUAAUUGGUGAUGUUGCAUCAAAUGCUGGUGGUUUGUUUUUUGUCUAUGGUUACGGUGGAACUGGUAAAACAUUUUUAUGGAGAGCUUUAUCUGCUACCUUGCGGUCUAAGGGUGAUAUAGUUCUAAACGUUGCAUCAAGCGGUAUAGCUUCCCUACUUCUUCCAGGCGGUAGGACUGCGCACUCAAGGUUUGCAAUACGGAUAAAUAUUAACGAGGACUCCACGUGCAAUAUAACUCCAGGUAGCAAUCUUGUAGAGUUAAUUGUUAGAGCAAAGCUAAUAAUUUGGGAUGAAGCCCCCAUGACGCACAAAUAUUGUUUUGAAGCAUUGGACAGGACAAUGAGAGAUUUGUUACGAUUUUCAAACCACACCAGUGCCUUAAAUACUUUCGGUGGUAAGACUGUUGUUUUAGGGGGGGAUUUUAGGCAAAUUUUACCAGUUGUCCCAAAAGGUACAAGGCAGGACAUUGUUGGCGCAUCUAUAAAUUCGUCUUACCUUUGGAACAGUUGUAGAGUUUUAAGGUUGACAAAGAAUUUAAGGUUGAGUAAUAUGGAACAUGGUAUUGAACAACAAGAAGUUGAGCAGUUUGCAAAAUGGAUAGCUUCAAUUGGCGAUGGGACUGUUGGGUGUUCGAAUGAAGAUUGUCCAGAAAUUGAUAUCCCACAAAAUUUAUUGUUGCAGACAGUUGGUGAUCCGAUUGCCACAAUUGUAAGCAAUACGUUUCCGAUGUUUAAUAGUGGGGAUCAUGACACCAGUUUCCUUGAGAAUCGUGCAAUCUUAGCUCCUACACUUGAUGAUGUCAAUUCAAUUAACGACUACAUGAGUGACAUGCAUUUGGCGGAAAGUAAGACAUACCAUAGUUGCGAUUCUAUUUGCCGUACUAAAACGAGCAAUGGGAUUCUAGCAGACGUUCACACACCAGAAUUCUUGAAUGGAUUGCGCGCAUCUGGUAUUCCUAAUCAUGCAUUGAGGUUAAAAAUUGGGUUACCUGUGAUGUUGUUGAAAAAUAUAGAUCACUCACUUGGUUUAUGCAAUGGUACUAGGUUAGUGGUGACCAAAUUAUCAGAACAUGUUGUGGAGGGAAAAAUAAUGUCAGGAGUGGUGUUAGAUAAAGCCAGAUUCUGUGAGAAAAAGGCUAUUAACCAAUCAUUCAAUCUUAUGCAUGUUGAGGGAAUUGCAGAAAAUACAGUCCCGAGCAGCAGCCCUCAAGGUCGCAAACUACUACUAGCGUAA